UGUGCAUUGCGGACGCUUAAGGCGUUGCUUAGCCUAAUUUUCAUUAAAAAGAAAAUCAAAAAGACUUGAUAAUAGAAGCGUCGUAGCUUAAUUAAGGUCCAGAAGGAAUGUUGCUUACGGACACGUGUGGGCAAGUGAGUGGAGAGAGAGGAGAGGUGGCUUCGUCACUCUUCGUGAACUCUCCCGUGUGACGAUGGAGCUCGUCUGCGAGAGUUUGGGGUUCAAAGGCAAAGGAAUCUGCAAAGUCCACGGCACAGUCUUCGUCGUCAUAUGCGACCGUGCUCUUCCCGGCGAGCGUUUCCUCGGCUGCGUCACUCGCCGCAAAGGCAGCUACGCCGAGGUGACAAAGAUCAAGACUUUAACUCCACACCGUGACUUAGUAGAAGCUCCGUGUGAGUAUGCUUCCUACUGUGGUGGCUGCAAAGCUCAGAACCUCUCCUACGAAGCUCAGCUUAGAGCUAAAGAUGAACAAGUUCAUGAGCUUAUCACGCAUGUCGGAAGGUUCUCUGAUAACAGUCCUGGUCUCGAAACGGUCUUGAAGGCUAUUGUUCCCUGUGAUAUCCAGUUUUGAUUUGUUCUGUGGAGAGAAACAUGAGGAAGGUUCAUCGAUACUAUUGCAAUAGAGGUUUGUUUUACUAAUUCUUCUGAUGCUGUAGCUUCUGUAGAUUAAUAUAAGUUUGCCAAACAGGUGUGUAAGUGUGGUUAAUGUUAGAUAGAAAAGUGUUAGUGUGAUAAAUGAGUUAGAUAGAAACCAUUGUGUAAGUGUGAUUAAUGAGAUAGAUAGAAACGAAUGUGUAAGUGUGGUUAAUGAGUUAGCUAAAUGUCAAGUCCAUUUGGUUGUGUGUGUGUGAUGAAUGCAUUUCUCUUUUUCUCCUCUAUUAAACUGAAUCCUUCUUUUGUUCCAUCUAUCAAAAGAAGAAGCUCAUCUGUUUAAGUGUAUUUUUAAGGUUUCUUGAGUUGUUUGUUAUAUGUUUCAUGUUCUUCAUUGUUGUCUGUUUCAUGUUUAGUUUAGGAGAAUGAUGUCUUGUUUGUUGUUAUGUGCUCUGUUUCAUGUUUAAGUAAUGAGAAUGAUAACUUGUUUGUUGUUCU